AUGUUUUCGUCUAAAGUGCGAUACCUCUUCCCCCAUGCCAUUCUGUCCAGAGACGAGGAGGAAUGUUUCUUCACCAAUACAGUUACUCUAUUCGACACGGAAGAGAGCGAUUUACGAACCGUCAUCGUUCAGGAUCCCGCCGGCCGAAGGAAAGCGGUCCUCGUCCGUGGCGUACCCGCGCUAGACCAAACAGCAGUCAGAGAUAGAUCGUCUGAUAAGAGUUCCGCAAAUAAACAGAAUGAGACAACCGGAGGAACCAAUUUUGAGACUCUUGUCCACGGCCCCUGGAUCAGCGGCGUCAACAACCGAGUUCGUGCACUGAAAGGGCUGGUGGAGGAAGUCGAAAAGGAAGCAUGCAAGAAGUUCUCCAGCGCCGAUGCCGAAAUCCUGAUUCAUCCGAGAGUCGAAGUCUCGUCACCCGCCCUGGGAGGGCCGCAACGAAACGAACCAGCUACCGGCGCCGAGUUCCCUCCCCAGCCAGUUCAACGCGAGCCGACUAGGACGAGUCCACCCCGACCAUUCCGCUGCGAUGCCAGCACGCAACAGCUCCUUUCUCCACCGCCAAGCUCCGGACAGCGUGUGGGGGACGCCUCAGAUAUGCGAAACUCUUACCAACCUGCACCCCCAUGCGGACAGCGAGUUGGACAAUGGCCGCCAUUCUCAACUCCAAUCGCCACGCAACCUCCAGUGAUGCAAGGGCCAUCUACGAAUUCAAAUCCACUCGAGAUGAGAACCUUUCAAUGUUCCCCAUCCGGCGCCUUCGGAUUUCGACGCCUGCUUCCCCCCGAACCGGCCAUGAACAAACAAGCGGACGUAGGUGCAAUGCCGCAACCUCCAAUAACGCUCCCGGCGGGCGCUCAAGGCAACCCGCCACACGGUCCGGCGGGAAUUCAUAAGCGCAGAUUAAGCUCCCCGUCGAAUGAUGUGAUCAUCGUCAAAGAGAGGAGGGUUCGUCCGCACACUGGCCCGGCGGUUCCGCAGAUCAAAGGGUCCCCGGGAGCGAAAUAUGAGCAGCAACGUUAA